AUGCCACUGAGGUUGAAGGAACCUCCCACACUGUAUAUAUCCCGAGAGGGUGCAGUGAGUCGAGGCCCUGCACCACUCUCACUUUUUCUCAACCCGACUUGAGUGACUACAUCAGCAAAGAUGAAUCAAGGUAUGAUCAUAAAGAGCAUGUCCUUCAAGGUCGGGCAGACACUGACCGUUGUUGGAGUCCCCAAACCUGAGGCCACAAACUUUGCAGUGAAUAUUGGCCCCAAUGAGAAGGAGAUCGUGAUGCACAUCAACCCUCGUUUCAACGCCCACGGAGACGAGAAUGCUGUGGUCUGCAACUCUUACCAGAAUGGCAGCUGGUGCGAGGAAUACCGUGAGGGAGGCUUUCCUUUCCACCAGGGAGAGGAGUUCAAGAUGGUUAUUGAAUUCACCGCGGCAGAGUUCCUGGUGACUUUAUCGGACGGCUCUGUGAUACACUUCCCCAACCGCAUGGGGGCCGAGAAGUAUUCAUACAUCAGUUUCGAUGGAGAGGUUCGCGUCACAAGCUUCGAGAUCAAAUAAACCUCCACCCUCCCUGGAGUUUUGGAUUGAAAUUCAUGUUUUUCUUUUUCAAUUAGUUUAGCAUCAGGUCACUUAUAGCAUGCAUUCUUGUUUUAUCCCUCCCAGACAUUCCAGAUGUAUAACUGAGUGUAGAUCUUGCCUUUACAACAUGUAUUAAAUAAAGCACGGCCUUGAUGAAAGUGGA